AUGGAGCAAGAAUCCAUAUCCACGUUCUGUGGCAUCACGGGCGCAAGCACAGAAGUGGCGCAAGGAUUCCUCAACUUAUCGAACAAUGAUGUCUCACGAGCUAUCGAGCUGUUCUUCGAAAACCCCGAGCUUGCUUCCAACGUGCAGACUAGCGUGCCAACUCGACCUGCAGCCACCAGUGGGACCACAACAACACGAGAAGGGUCCCGUGAGAUCAUUCAAAUCGACAGCGAUGACGACGAUAUAAUGAAAGUAGACGAUGAAAGCGAUCGGGACGACGAUCAAGAAGCAGCGCAACGAGCGGCUGCCAUGGCACAAGCAGACGAGGAUGAGGCAAUGGCUAGACGAUUACAGGACGAACUUUACGGUGAAGGUGGCGGCCAGUCUGGAGGAGCAGGUGGUAUGGGCGAGGAUGGUGUUCGGGCGCCGAUCGGGCGGACGACCGAAACACUUAUCGCACCCAACCCGGCAUGGGCAGACGAGGAGGAUGACGGUGGCGCCCACGCGGCCUUUCUCGAGCAAAUACGUCGCAGACGGGCUGCUCCUGGUCGCUCCGGAGGGCCCUUUGGACAGCGGAUCUGGGACGACACGGAGCCCGUGCGAGGUGGUGAUGGCGAAGGCAGCACCCACACGCGCCGUCUUGCGGAUCUUUUUCGACCACCAUAUGAUAUCAUGGAGCGCGACCUGGCAUGGGAUGACGCUCGCGCGCUGGGCAAGGAGGACAAGCGCUGGAUCAUGGUGAACCUGCAGGAUAUGAGCGACUUCAACUGCCAGGCACUCAACCGAGAUAUCUGGAAAGACGAAGCGGUCAAGGAGCUAAUCAAGGAUCAUUUCCUGUUCUUGCAGUACGACAAGGACUUUCACGAUGCCGGCGAGUACAUCAAUUUCUACUUCCCAGGGCGAACCCACGAAAACCCCGACAACUACCCACAUGUGUCCAUCAUCGAUCCCCGAACAGGCGAGCAGGUCAAGGUUUGGAGCGGGAGGCCCUUCCCAUCAGCUGCCACUUUCCACGCCGAGGUCGCCGAGUUUCUGGACCGUUACAGCUUGGCAGCGAACAGCAAGAACCCAGUCACCCACGCAGAAGCCAAGAAACCACAGCCCAUCGACGUCGACCGCAUGACGGAGGAGGAGAUGUUGGAGAUGGCGCUGAAGAACAGCAUGGCUGGUGCUGCAACUAGUAGUGGUUCUUCUUCGACAGCCAACAUUUACGAUCCGGACUCUCUAACCAGACAGUCUGGGUCAGCGAGCACGAGCGCAGUGAAAGUGCCGGAGCCGGAGCCGGUGGCAGCGGAGAGCGCAUUCUCCAAGAUUUCGAGCUCGAAUCCACACACAGAGCCAGACAACAAUCCAGCGACCACUACGCGCAUCCAGUUCCGUCAUCCAACUGGUCGCGUGAUUCGUCGCUUCAAUCUCAAUGAUCCAGUGCGCCGGAUCUACGAGUGGCUAAAGGCUGAGCCUUUGGAGGGCAAGGAGGGUGUCGAGUUUGAACUGAAGAAGAUGCCACAGGGACAGGAUCUCAUUGAGAAUCUGGAGGCCACGAUUGUGGAUCAAGGCUUGAAACAAGGGACAGUCAUGAUCGAGUUUAUUGAGGAGUAA